ACGGCAUAUCGAUGCUGAGAUACCGCCAGCAUGCGCUUCUACUGUCGCCAUCCUGGCUGCAAAUGCAGUUAUCUGCGCAAGGAGCAUCUCCGCCGACAUGAAGCCCAGCAUCGAGGCGAACAGUCCUCGUGCCCCGUCUGCAGCCGCGUUUUUUCGAGAAGUGAUACCCUGCGCCGACACAUCCGACAAGACCACGCCGAGCAGGAGCAAAUCCACGUGGUCCGCAGCACUCAAGCAUGUCGACAAUGCCGAGGGGCGAAGGUGCGCUGUCGAGGCGGGUAUCCGUGUCAGCAUUGCGAAUUGAAACAGCUCGAAUGCUCGUUCGAGAAGAGUCGACCCGACUCGAAAGAAAAAGAUGAUGAAUCACCGUCGGGGACGCAGCCUGCGCAGCCAUCAAUCCUCUCCCGACUCGGCGACGCCGACGAUAUCCAACGCUACGUGCGCAUCUAUUUCGCCCAUUUCCACCCCCAGUGGCCAAUCCUGCACCGGGCGACCUUCAGCGUGGACCAUGAGCCCGCCCUCCUGCUGUACGCGGUCGUCAUGAUCGGGCUGUGGGCCGGUGGCGAGGAUCCCAACCGGCAGAUGGCGCUGGAUCUGCACCGAUGGCUGGGGACGUGUAUACGAGAACAACAGACAACAUGGGAAGACCUCUCCUCCCAAUCCGACACCCUCUCCUCAGCCUGGCCCAUCGCCACCUACCAAGGCAUUCUGCUCUACCUCAUCUUCUCCCUGCGAAUAGCCCCCCAAGAGCCCCGCUCAUUCAACCUGAAAAUCCAACUCUCCGCGCCGGACUACCAAAUCCUAAUUGCCCUCGUAAGCACCUGUCGCAGACACCACGUAUUCUCCUACCCGGCCAUGCUCGGCCGCUACCACUCGAUCGAGUCCGUGACGUGCAUCUGGGUCGGCGUGGAAGAGAUCAAACGGUUCGGUCUGGCCCUGUACAAGGUCUCUCGGAUAUGCUGCGGCGCCUCUGAGGUCGGCGAGGAUCGAGAUCAGUUGCUGGGGCUGGCUGAUUUGCAGUUUCCCGCGCCGGAUGGGAACCAUCUCUGGGAGGCGAGGUCGAAUCCGGAGCUUAUUUAUUUGCUGGCGGGUAUUAGACGGGAUGGGCAUCUGGCGAGGAGUCAAUCUGGGAGGUGGAUAUCUGAGUGCGACGAGUUGCUUGGGGGGUGUGGGUUGGAGUGAAUUAUUUAAGCAUGUUCCUGAUAUUAC